AUGCGCCGAUGGUUAUUUCAUUAUGAGAUUAGGAAUACAAUUAUACGAUUGAUCUCAUUACAAGCGAUCAAUUGGGUCGUGACAGCACUAGUAGCAUCUCAUUUAGGAUCUGAUGAACCAUUACGGACAUGGAUCAUCGUGGUAUUGGUAUUCGCCAUCGCGAAUCCUAUACAAUGGUUAUUCACCUCACCAGCAAAAUAUAAAAAAAAAGUCGUCGAUCUGGAAACCAACAAAGCAUUAGCGUGGAAAGAUGUUGCACGAUACAUCAUAGUUCCUUUCAUGAUCGUCACUUUUAUCACAAUGAUAUGCCUAUUGGAACAACAGACUGCAUUUCGUUGCACAUCUCACUCCGACCACCACAAAUUGAAUACUAAUUUAACCCUCGGUGACACAGACGCCUAUGUUAAAGUGAUUAUGGUGAUCUUAUCAUCGUGGACAGAAAAUAGCUAUGCGAAACGUCAGGCGUUUCGCAAUAGUACUCUACGAUUAUUACCGCAGCAUUCAAAUCGGAUAUCCAUUGUGUAUCGAUUUAUUCUUGGGGAUGCGCCGUCGACGAAAACGCGAAUGGAAUUAGGUCAUCGAAUUCAUGUAGAGUCUCAAGAAUUUAAUGACAUUUUAAUGAUACCCACCUUGGACACUUUUCAUCAACUCAGUCGUAAAGUUUAUAAAACUUAUCAGUGGUCAAGUAAAUUUGCUUUCGAUUAUUUGAUUAAAACUGAUGAUGAUGUGUUUAUUCGGCUGGAUACGGUCGCGAAAGAAUUGGAAGAAAUGGGUCCUGGUAAAAGAUAUUAUUGGAAAGGGCUCGCUUAUUGGAAUAUUCCACCAAAUAGUGAAAUUGAACAAAAAUAUGCGGACGAAGAAUACGAUCUCCCCAUUUUCCCUCCCUUCACUGCUGGGCCACUCUACAUCCUCUCGCGGGACAUAAUUUCACUUAUAGUGAACGACGCACCGCGUCUAUUCACACGAAAUGAAUAUCAAUCAUUAGGCGUAUGGUUAUUCUCAUACAACAUCAAACCAAUACAUGAUCGUAGAAUUCAACAAGCUGACGUCUGUGAAGAUGACAUGAUUGCCAAACAAUUCAACGAGCUUUACUCAUCCUCCAAAACGAUGGAAGAUAUGUAUGAAAAUAUUCGCAAUAAUCGACGAUUAUGUGAGGGAUUUCCGCAGAUUAAUUGUGCGGGCGUAACAAUCGUCAGGCCAAUAAUUUAUGGUAAUAUCGCAACACCCUUACCUCCCAAGAAAAGUGCCGAGACAGAUCAUACUCAUAAAUGGACGGUGUCAGUUAAAGGUGUUAAUGGAGAAGAUAUAAGUUACUUUAUAAAGAAGGUUGUUUUCAAGCUACAUGAGACUUAUCAAAACCCACUAAGAACCGUGGAAAGUCCGCCUUUUGAAAUUUCGGAGACUGGAUGGGGUGAAUUUGAGCUUACCAUGAAGCUCCAUUUUAUUCCAGAAAGUGGCGAGAAACCGGUCACAUUAUAUCAUAAUUUACGAUUACACCCUUAUGAAGAUGAUGGUUCGAUAUUAACUUCUAAUAAGGGUAAACCCGUCUCAAGUUUCCAAUAUGAUGAACUUGUAUUUACCGAUCCAACAGAGACAAUGUAUCAAAUACUCUUAUCUAACACGACUUCAAAUCUUCCGACUCGGAGCACCGCGAGUCAACCUUAUAGUAUUCAAGCUGAACAAGAGGAGAUAAAAGCAAUUGAGGCCGCUUAUCGUCAAGUCCAAGAGAGUAUCACAAAGUAUAAGCAGCGGAUGGAGAAUGCUAACAAAGAAAUGACUCAGGUUAAAGCAGAAUUAGACAGUCUUAUGAAGUCGUAG